AUGUCCCGGAUCUACAGCACGGCUUCACUGUGCAGCUUCAGCGACCCCGACAAAUGCGACCUCACACUCGAUGAAGACGUGAAGGGCAUCAUGAAGAACAGCAAGAACAGCGAAGAACUGGCGCACAUCUGGCUUGCCUGGCGAGAGAACACAGGCAGAAGGAUGAGGAAAAGUUAUGAAGACCUUGUCCCUCUGUUGAACAAAGCUGCCGUGGCCAAUGGAUUUCAGAACAAAGUCGAGAUGGAUUUGCGAGUGUACGAGAGCGACAGAUUCCGCGCCGACGCCGGAGCUCUGUGGACGGAGCUGAAGCCUCUCUACGAGCAGCUUCACGCCUACGUCAGGGCGAGGCUGAGAGAGGUGUAUGGGAAAGGACUGGUAACAGAACGAGGUCCUCUCCCUGCUCACUUGCUGGGAGAUGUUUGGGCUCAGACGUGGGAGAUCUAUGACCUUGUCGCACCCUUUCCCAAUGCAACAACACUGAACAUGACACAGGAGAUGAUAAAGCAGAGAUACACGCCCCAAAAGAUGUUCCAGUUGGCUGACGACUUCUUCGCCUCCCUGGGCCUGAGUCGCGUUCCUGACUCGUUUUGGAAACAUUCUGUUCUGGAGAGGCCAAAGAGCCGAGAUAUGGUCUGCCAUCCGUCUGCUUGGGAUUUCUGUGAUGGAGAAAAUUUCAGGGUCAAGCAGUGCACCCAAGUGACCUUUUCUGACUUGAUCACUGCCCACCAUGAGAUGGGUCACAUCCAGUACUUUAUGCAGUACAAAGAUCAACCCCAUGUCUUUCACCGCAGUGCAAACCCAGCUUUCCACGAAGCUGUUGGAGACCUCAUUGCCCUCAGUGUGUCCACCCCAAAGCACAUGUCAAAGCUUGGCCUCUUUAAGAAGAGCUCACAAAAGAGACAGAAAGAAGUCGAGUUGAACUUCCUAAUGAAGAUGGCACUGGACAAGGUUGCCUUUCUGCCAUUUGCAUACCUCUUGGACUUGUGGCGCUGGAGGGUUCUUGACGGCACUUAUUCUCAGAGGGAUUGGAACUGCGCUUGGUGGGAUCUCAGGUACGAGAUUCAGGGAAUGAAACCUCCCUCUACACGUACGGAAGACGACUUUGACCCUGCAUCGAAAUUUCACGUGGCGGUGAACUCUCCAUACAUCAGAUACUUUUUGAGCACCAUUGUUCAGUUUCAGUUCCACAAGGCUCUGUGUAUAAAAGCCAAAGAGUAUGACCCUGAUAAUCCCUUAAAGCCACUUCAUAAAUGUGAUAUUCACCAAUCAAGUGAAGCUGGAAGUGCUCUUAGAGAAAUGCUUAAGCUAGGUUCUUCAAAACCAUGGCAGGAAGCACUAAGAAACCUUACAGGAGAGGAGGGGAUGGACGUCUCAGCCCUGCGUGAAUACUUCCAGCCCCUCGAGGAAUGGCUUAAGGAAGAAAACGCAAGACGGGGAGAGUUUGUUGGAUGGCGGCCAGACGGUCAGUAUUGCUUGUACGAGAAGAUUUCAGAAGCAUUACCUGAAAGCAAUUGCAUAGCCCAGGACUCGCCCUCUGUAACUUCCACCCCACCUCCUCCACUUGCUCCACCUGCUCCACUUCUUGCAGCGUCUACAAUCAUUCCACCUGAUACAGCUGAUCUACCCGUUAGACCUGAUGAUACUGACGCAACCAUUCAACCCAGUACAGCUGCUUCAUACGAUGCACCUUCGACACUUGUUCCAGCUGCUAGAAUGGUUGCUCCUGCUCCACUUGAUACAGAGGUCGCUCCUGUUACUGACGUGGAUGACGUUAUGUGA